CCCGUCAUCUCCAGUCAGCCUCAUCUCACUCACGCACUCGCCUGCACACACACGCGACAUCUUCCCCCCCACCCAUAUCGACAACCAUGUGAUUGUCCCCUCAACGCCAGGCACCCGCCGUCAAUCUCACCACCCGCAUCAUGUUGAAAUCCAGCUCCUCUGCCGCCGCGCUGUGCGUCACCACGUGCGCGGCGGCUCCCUCGCUAGCCGCUACAUCGUCAUCGAUCUCGACGUCGGCGACAUGGACCGCGACACCGACGACCGGCCGCACACAGCGCCGGCGCCACCACGUGUCCACGACGCUGCGACCUCCAACCUCUUCAUGGCCCGGCGUGAGGUGUCUGAGGAGGUCGUACGCGACGCAAAAUGGCGCAGCGGACCAUGACAUCCCACCUGCCUGGCCGCGCUCCCCGAACCCCACGCCCUACGAGAUCUUCGACAUUCCCCGUUCCUCGCCGUACACGAAGCGACGCUUCUACCAGCUCGUCAAGCUGUACCACCCCGACACCCACGAUCACCACCACCACCAUGACAACCAUCAUCACAACCACCACCGCGGCACGUCGUCGGCGUGCGCGGCGGCGGAGGAGGGCAGCAGCAGCCUCUCCAGCGCCACCCGCCUCGAGCGCUACCGCCUCGUCGUCGCUGCUAACCUCCUCCUCAGCGACCCGACCAAGCGCCGCCUCUACGACAUCCACGGCAUCGGCUGGACCACCACCCCCGACGCGGCCCCGACCCUGCGCGACGCCGACCGCGCCUGGCGGCACCAGCCUGGCAACGCCGCCAACAACGCCACCUGGGAGGACUGGGAGCGCUGGCACGAGGCCCGCCAGGGCCACCGACGCGAGCCCCUGUACAUGAGCAACGGGCUGUUCGCGACGCUCGUCGUCAUCAUGUGCAUGGUCGGCGCCAUGGCGCAGGCGAACCGCGCCGAGGCGUCGGGCGCGCAGUUUGUCGAAUUCACGCAGGAGCGCAACGCGGCCAUUGGGCGGCAGAUGAUGAAGGAGAGCAUGGCCGCGGCGGGGCGGUCAAAGGACGAGCGCGUCGACACGUUCCUCCGCGAAAGGGAGAACGUAUCGUACGACUACGUGCCCAGCAGGUUCGACGAGUCGGACGCGCAGCACGAGGAGGCUCACCGAUGACACAUGACGCGAUGCACGACACACGCUCUACUCUUUUUGUUCCUUGUUUCCAGCAUAAGCAAAUGCCCCUUGUAGAUUCAACUUGCGC